GGAGCGGUGGAUUUUGCUUUAGCUGGGCGCUGUUGGGCAUGACUCUCUCCGGCGGACAUCCACUCUGACCGGCGCUUUGUGUUUGGCGAACAGGAGCAUCCAGAACCACGUCGCGUCUUUACUGAGGUUUUCUGAGGAGAAGCGGGUCGCCACAGAUAGACUGAGGUUCGGCUGCGCCUUGAGCCCAUGAAAACGGGAGCUGGGGGAGAAAAGCAGGACAAGUCACAAUCAGUUUCACCUGAACAAAGACGAGCAACAAAGGGAUCCGCAUGGGUCAGGGAGAGGCUUCAGCUCGGGGGACGACCAUGGAGGGCGACUGCCUCAGCUGCAUCAAGUACCUCAUGUUUGUCUUCAAUUUUCUCAUCUUUCUGGGCGGCUCGUUCCUCCUGGGCGUGGGCGUGUGGGUUCUGGUGGACCCAACUGGGUUCAGGGAAAUUGUAGCGGCCAACCCUCUGCUGUUCACCGGCGUCUACAUCAUCCUGGGGAUGGGAGGCAUGCUGUUCCUGCUGGGCUUCCUGGGCUGCUGCGGAGCCAUUCGGGAGAACAAGUGUCUGCUUCUCUUCUUCUUCAUGCUCAUCCUGCUCAUCUUCCUGGCAGAGCUGGCCGCUGCCAUCCUCGCCUUCAUAUUCCGGGAACACCUGACCAGAGAGUACUUCACCAAGGAGCUGAAGAGUCAUUAUCAAGGCUACAACAACAGCGACGUCUUCACCUCCACAUGGAACGCCAUCAUGAUCACAUUUGACUGCUGUGGAGUGAACAGCCCAGAGGAUUUUAAGGACAGCCUGUUCAGGCUCAACAACCAGAAUCACAUGGUGCCAGAAGCCUGCUGCCAGCGCAUUCUGCAGAGCGAAGAGAGGGUCUACUCCGGCCAGGAGCAGUGCCUAUCAGGCAAUAUGAUGUUCCGCAACAACAAGGGCUGCUACUCUGCCGUGGUCGACUACUUCGAGCUGUACAUCUACGUCGCCGGAGCGCUGGCUAUUGUGGUGUUAACCAUCGAGCUCUUCGCCAUGGUCUUUGCCAUGUGUCUCUUCCGGGGAAUCCAGUAGAAGUGCUUCAUUUGCAAAUCACUUUUUUUCUUUAACUAAAAGGGAAUUCAGGAGAAAACAACAAAACGGACAUUUGUAAAUUUGUGGAUCUCCUUUUUUUUAAUUGUCCAAUUGGUUUAAAAAACAACAACAAGAAGAAAAAAGGCAAACUCUCGUACUUCAUAGCUGGACUUUUGAGGUACUGGGUGAUUAAAAAAAAAAAAAGAAAACCAGACACGGAAACCGCUGAGAAAGUUUAAAAAUCAAAGAUUAAAAAAAAAAUGAUUUGUGCGUAAAGUGGAAGCAGUAAUUAGUGGACCAGGUCUAGCACAGACUGGGUGUAAAGCCUGAGCAGAAGGCACUGCACUGACUUUUGGAUGAAGAAUAUUUAUAUAGAGUUAUGUUGGCUCAACUGUAAAAACCGUGUUUCAUGUACACUCUGAAUGGCAACCUGUCCCCGUUUUCUUACUGUAAGCAGCCUCCUUCCUCCACAUGCCCUUUUUUACUGCCACCUCUCAAAUACUGUAUCAUGUCGGCUCGUUAUUAUUGACCCUUUCCACGUGACGUCACGCUCUCCAGAACUCCGCCCACUCCGCCAUGACGGACGUCAAAACAACCAAUUCGCUCCUUUAAAGCCAGUCUAAAAACAGACAUCUGUAAUCUAAUAUAUCGCUUUUAUUUAGUUGAUUUCAAUUUAAAAAAUGGUCACAGGAUGCUGCGCGGUCGGCUGCACAAACAGAGAAGGAUAGAAACCAUUUUUGUUAUUUUAUUAUAUAACUUUUAAUGAGGAAAAUACGGCAGCAGCCGUUAAUCAUAAUGACUUGCAGCCCUCGUCGGUGUAACCGCGGAUUUGCAGCGAACAAUUUUACAAGGCAAGAACGUUGAUAUACUUUGAGUAAAUGUGAUUAGAAAGAUACUUGGAGAAGGUUCGGUCUAACCACUAGUAACCAUGGAAACAGUGCCGCGCCGUCAUGUAGCCUAGCAUGUAUGGAAAAAAACUGGUUAGCAUUUCGUCUUUCGUACGUUUUUAAUGCUCCGGUGUAAAGGAGAAACGCCGUUUGUGACAUAGUGAUUUAAAUCAUGUGGUGUGAAUUCAGACAAAGUGGUAAUUAGAUCAACACGUCAGGAAGGAUGGAUGCGGUACGGGUCGGUCUCUAAGCUAGCUGUUUCCAACUCUUGUAAAUAUCGCCAUCUAUGAGCCCCAACCAGGUGUGUUACUUUCAGACAAAUUAGCUCAACGCUAACAAAUAGAAACCAUAAAUAAACUGGCGAAAACAAUUUCAGUCGCUCUGUUCAAGACUCCCGUCCGUCAUGGCGCCUUGAAGUGACGCAGUUGCAAAGGGUCAUAUUGACUGUGUGUGUGUGUGUGUGUGUGUGUGUGUGUGUGUGCUGGAUGUUUGUGAGCAUGUGAUUUUCUCCAUAAUCCCUCCCAAGCCAACAACUCUUUUUUUCUGUUUGUAUGGUGACUGUUAUUUGCAUUAGAAAUGUGCUUUUAGGUGGUGACAUGUAUGUGUAUAAAUUUGUAUUAGAUUGUUGAAAAGUCUGUGACAUAAAUGGCAUUUUAAAUGA